CUCGGAGUUCGGGGCUGCGGGCGUCCUCGUUUCCUCCCUCCCGGAGGCGGGCCCGACCCCGCCCCCGCGCCCCGGGUAGCUCCCAGCGGUCCCUCCUACCUCCUACCUCCUACCCUCGGCCUCCCCGGCGCGGCGCACUCCCCGCCGGCCGCAGCCUGACACGCCGCGCGGCCCCCCAGUCUCCCCGGCCGCCUCCCCCAGGCAUGGCCCAGGGCCUCGCCUCACUAUGGCAGCAGCACGGCACAGCACCCUUGACUUCAUGCUCGGCGCCAAAGCUGAUGGUGAGACCAUUCUGAAAGGCCUCCAGUCCAUUUUCCAGGAGCAGGGGAUGACGGAGUCGGUGCACACCUGGCAGGACCAUGGCUAUUUAGCGACCUACAUAAACAAAAACGGCAGCUUUGCCAAUUUGAGAAUUUACCCGCAUGGAUUGGUGUUGCUGGACCUUCAGAGUUACGACGGUGAUGCGCAAGGCAAAGAAGUUGACAGUCUUUUGAACAAAGUAGAAGAAAGAAUGAAAGAAUUGAGUCAGGACAGUACUGAGCGGGUGAAGCGAUUACCACCCAUAGUUCGAGGAGGGGCCGUUGACAGAUACUGGCCCACUGCAGAUGGCCGCCUGGUUGAGUACGACAUAGAUGAAGUGGUGUAUGAUGAAGACUCACCUUACCAGAACAUAAAAAUUUUACACUCGAAACAAUUUGGCAAUAUUCUCAUCCUCAGUGGGGAUGUUAAUUUGGCGGAAAGUGAUCUGGCAUAUACCCGGGCCAUCAUGGGUAGUGGCAAAGAAGAUUACACUGGCAAAGAUGUACUGAUUCUAGGAGGCGGAGAUGGGGGCAUAUUAUGUGAAAUAGUCAAACUGAAACCAAAGAUGGUCACUAUGGUAGAGAUUGACCAAAUGGUGAUUGACGGAUGUAAGAAAUACAUGCGAAAAACAUGUGGUGAUGUCCUAGACAAUCUUAAAGGAGACUGCUAUCAGGUUCUAAUAGAAGACUGUAUUCCAGUACUGAAGAGGUACGCCAAAGAAGGGAGAGAGUUUGAUUAUGUGAUUAAUGAUUUGACAGCUGUUCCAAUCUCCACAUCUCCGGAAGAAGAUUCCACAUGGGAGUUUCUCAGACUGAUUCUUGACCUCUCAAUGAAAGUAUUGAAACAGGAUGGGAAAUAUUUUACGCAGGGGAACUGUGUCAAUUUGACGGAAGCCCUGUCACUCUACGAAGAACAGCUGGGGCGCCUGUAUUGUCCUGUGGAAUUCUCGAAGGAGAUUGUCUGUGUCCCUUCGUACUUGGAAUUGUGGGUAUUUUACACUGUUUGGAAGAAAGCUAAACCUUGAAAAUCAAUUUCCCCUAAUCAUGUGUGCUGCAAAUAGCCUUCCUGACCUUCGUAUGCUGUACAUGACAUCGAAAGGAGUCAGGCAAUUGAUUGUGAAUUCCUUCAAGUUUCCUUUUUUUAAUUA